UUGUCAAAAUUUUUGUCAAGACUAAGUGAAUCAACAGCUGUUUUACAUUUUUAUAUCCGUAAAUUAAUUAAAAUUGGGUAACAAACAGGUAGUUUUGUAUUCCUUAAUCAGGUCAUGGUAGAUUUUAUUAGAAUUAGUGUUGUAUUUGAACAUGAAACAAAGGGCUCGCCCAAUGCAAGGCGGAGAUGAUCUGGUGGCCUACGCCAUGGGAAAGAAGGUUGAGCUCGGUGAGCACAGUGAAAUACAACUGCAUAGAAUAAAACCUCAGGAGCACUUCAUAGAGGCGCAAGUUCAAGAGGGUGAUACAUUACAGGCAAUUGCGCUGCGAUUUUAUUGUUCUAUAUCAGAGUUGAAAAGGAUUAACCACAUACACAAAGAUAAUGAAAUAUUUGCAAGACGGACUAUAAAGGUGCCUGUCACACCUUACUCUGUGCUGACGGAGCUAGUACCCACGCAGCAGACAGAACCUGUGCCUUCGACAUCAAACAAUGCCUCCCACACAGUCAUACAAGAAUUAUUAAAUGUUAACCAUUAUAAUGGAACUUUAGCCCCAAAUAAUGUAACAGUGAAUGCACCUCCCAAGGAAGAAGUGCAGUGUUCCAUAGAUUGUAAUGCAGUUGUUAUGAACAGCACACUGGCGCCAUCUGUCGUGCCUUACACAGACUCGGAACAGAAUGAACAAGCUACAGAAGAUACUCAACUCUUGCCAAGCAAAGAAAAGAUAUCAGUAGAAGCAGUUGUGGUGAAGGAGCUCACGUCACACGGAGCUGACUUUGGACUGAAAUGGUUCCAUUUAGUGUGCUGCAUGCUCAUUCUAGGUGUUGUGAUACCACUUGUGUAUGUUAUGUUUUAUUUAGACAAACAUGAACAUUCGGAAAUUUCUGACUUGCCACCAUUACACUCAAAUCGAUGACUGACUGAUAUUAAAGGAUCUGAUGGAAAAGCUUUAAGUUGUAAUGGUAUUCAUUAUAAAUCAAUUUUAUAUAUCACUGUAAGGGGACACAAUGUGAUUCUUUUAAUAAAUUUUAUCAUUAUAAGUACA